UGGCCCUCGGGGGCGUGUCCUACUGGGCCCGGGCGCCGGCGCCUCGAGAGGGGCGCUUCUGGCGCGCCCUGGCCCCGGCGGCCGCAGAGGACGCGCGGCGGCGAGCAUGGAGCGCGAGCUGGAGGAGCUGGAGGCGCGGCCCCCGCGCCCGGCCGAGCCGCCCUUCCAGGCGCUGGUGGAGGCGGCGGGCGGCCGCGGGCAGGUGCUGCUGGUGGGCGAGCUGUGGGAGCGCGAGCAGAGCCGCGCACUGCUGCGGGACUUCGCCCGGGCCGUCUUCCCGCCGGAGCCAGGCGCGGGCAAGCCCGGCGGCGCGGGGCCCGGGGCGCCGGGGGCCGGGGCGCCGGGGGCGCAGAGGCCGCCCGGGACGGCGGGGGCGCGCGCCAUCCGCUCGCCGCUCGUCUUCGUGCUGUGCCGCGCGUCCUCGCUGACCGCCCGCGAGCCGCGGCGCCGCCUGCGGGAGAUGCUGCGGGACGUGCGCGGCCGGCGGCGGGCCGGCGCGGCGCUGGUCGGGGUGCUGGUGGCCGAGGCCGGGCCCGAGGACGCGGUGGCGCCGGGGCUGCGGCUCCUGGAGGCGCUCCUGCGCGCGGUGUUCGGCCGCCAGGCGGGGGGCCCGGUGCAGGCGGCCGCCUACCGCCCCGGCCACCCGGCCUCCAGCUUGGCCGUCCAGGCGGCCGCCUGCAGAGCGCUGCAAGCUGCGGGGCCCGCGCGAGCAGAUCACCUCCAGGACCCUGAGGAGGAGCUGGCCCUGACAGACGUGUUUCCCAAUGGAGACUGUGAGGACCCCAGAAAGGGGCUGAGAGCCUGUGAUGGAUUUGUCCACGCUCCGGCUGAGCCCGCUGGAGACUCAAGAUGAAGGCCGGACACCCGGACUGCCUGGGCUCGAACCUGCACUCUGGGGACUGGCGCCUUCUCACUGAGCCCCCUUGCCUCCAUGGUGACCUUGGAAUGGUGGUAACCACAAAAGCCCCUGCUGCCAGGGGGCUGCCGCAUUGAGCCAGCUGGGAAAACUUAUUUUCCUGGAACCUGCCCCCACCUCAUAAUUUGCUCAAUCUCUGAUCACAGUGAGGUUAUUUGUUCUUUCUGUACCUCAGUUUUCCUGUACCAUUGGGACAGAUGGCUGUCUCCUUUGAGGCUCUGUGGUGCUGUGGCAGCCUGUGGUGUGUUUGCAUGAGCAUCCAUCAUUUCAAGUGCGACUGGAAAGAACUCUGGACCAGAAGUCAUCAGAUCUGGGGGGAGUGGUCUUAGACAUGUCACUGAACCUUUGUGGCUUCUGCUUCUCAAAUACAUGAGGGGACUACCAGCCCAGGGGCUCUCACCCAAGGGCCAGGCUGCUGCUCCAGGCAGCAUUGGAAACUUUGAGUGUGUGUGUGUGUGUGUUGGGAGGGUUACUGUAACUAUGAGGUGCCCUUGGCACUUAGUGGUUAUUUUACAACGUACAGGACAAUCUCAAACAGCAAAUUAUUGUUCCAUCCAAAUUGCUCAUCAUGGCAACCUUGAGAAACUCUGGAUGAGCCAAUCCCUUCUCCCUGUGAAAUUCUAGGAAGAGUCCCCUGGAGCAGAGAGGGUUGGGCUUCCCAAGACCCUGGCUCCCAGAACAAGCCAAAAUAAAGACUGCAUUGCUGCCCUGGGGACCUAUUGGGCCAGAGACAAGACAUCCAAGUACUUUGCAUGCCCUCUCUCUUCCUCAUGUUGACAUUGAUCUGUGCCAAAGCCUUUGAGAAUAAGAAUGAUAGGAAUGGCCCACAGCACCAAACAAGGAAAGGUAGGAAUAAAAACAUGGGACUUUCGAUCUCAGGCCCUUGUCCAAGGUCAAAGCAAGCCCAGCCCAGAGGUGCCAAGUUCCUGAAUCAUUUUUUCUCUGUUUAUGAGUCAGACAGGGUCGAUGAUAUUCCCUUAAAAGCCAGGAAAGCCAUCCGUUCACUUGUAGAAGGAGCUCUGCAUUACCUCCAUUGCCUUCCUUGCCUGCCCCUGGAGUUAAUACAGUCUUUGGAGUGGCAAGCGCAUCUCCUGAUUUUCCGUGGUAGGAAGCGCUAUCUAAGCAAAGUAGCUGAAUUCAUUCAUUCGUGCACGGUUUGCUCAGCAGACGUGCUGUUGGGCAGGUUUCUGCCCAGGGUUCUGCAAGAUGCUGCAUGACUUCCAGUAGUUAUUUUGGUUUCCAUUUCUGGUACCAAAAUGUGGAAUUGGGCUUGAGGGGCUGUAUGAGAUCAAGGAGGGUCCCUCCUGGCUCUAUGCUUCAAUUUAUUCUUCAUAAUCAGCCUAAUUCAACCCCUCUCUGCUUCAUGGGGAUAGUGUAAGGGCAGACAGGGUGACAUCUUAUUUGGGGUUUGGUUAACAGCAGGUGUCAUUUUAAUAAUGCAAGGCUGUCUCACCGAUAAGUGGACCCAGCUGACCUCCUUCUCUGCAAGAAUGAACUCAAUGAAUUAACUUUUGAUUUUGUUUUAAAAUGGGGAGACUGGUAUUUUUGAAGCUGCUAUAUUUUUCUAUUUCUCUGUUAAUUUCUUUGUAAUAAUCGGGUUGGAGUUUUGUUAUUUGGUGGGGGGAGGGAGCUUUUAUUAAGUUAGGAAGUUAUCUAAGGCAGAAGUUCCAAGGCAGCCCGCCUCUGCUGUGUUCAAAAAUCUUUUGUAUUUGUUAACAAUAUUUGAGACUUGAGAGAUUGCACAUAAAAAAGCUAGUUUUCUAGGGUGGAGGAUGGGGCAAUGCCAUCAUCUCCAGUUUGCUGCAACCCCCCUCCCCUGAUUGGAGGCCCCCUCCCAGCCAUCUACACCGCCCCCCAUCCACUGCACUUCACUCACGUAAGCCACCUGCCUGAUCCUGGAGGACAUAUGAGUUUGCAAGCCUAUGGGGUAAAGGGUGGUUUGCAUAUUAUUUUUUCAUUGCUUUCAGUAUCUCUGGUGAAUAGUUGAAGAGAGAAGGUCUUUACUGAGAUUUGUGUUCUGCCUCCCAACAGAUAAACACAAGACUGAGAUCCUUCCGGGUCUAGCUUGGCUUCCUUGACACAUGGCUAAGAUAAGCACUGUCCUUUUAGGAACAGUCUAGUUGAUAUUUUCUAGCAGACAGAGGAGUUAGGUGCUGGAAGGGAUGACCUUGGUGGUAGAUCUCUUCCAAGGACUCUUCCAAGGCAUGAAGAUUGGAUGGGCCUGUCCGAGAAUAGAAGCCCCGGAUUAAGUCGGUGGUACCAGGAGCCAUUGGCGAAGGCCUCCGGUCAAGUCAUGGUCUGGACUGUUGGGUAUUAAUCCUUCUAAUAUGGCAGUAAUUGUGCUGCUUCUGACUUGAAUCAAUAAUUCCUUAUAUCUAAUAAAACCAAACGGUACCUCAUUGCUGUCUAAUCAAAACCAGAAUGGAUCUUCCCUUUCAUUUUCAUAAGGUGUUCCUUGCAAGGGCCCCUGGGAGCAGAGCAUCUGGGCAAAAGGUGGGAACUUCUGGAAUAGUUUGGCCUGAAACACUUCCAUUCCCGCCCUAGAUCACACCUCCACCACCCUAUUGGCUAGAAUUGGAAAAUCUAUAGCUGGAAAGUAAAUACUUGAAAUUUUUAAAAAAGAUAACAUUUAGCUUGGUAUUUAACAGGAUGUGUGUGUUUUGUGUGCCCGUAUGAGCAUGUUUAAUGAGACCAAAUGGCCUUGCCUGAGUCUCAGAGAGCCCUUUAUCAUUUGUGUCAUGGUGCCUUUCCUCUCAAAGAAUUUGUCUCCAAGACUUGCCACACAGAAGGAAUCCCUUGGUUGUCAAACCAAAAACAAGGCAAAGCUGCAAAGGGGCCAAGGGCCGAGCCCCCCAUA